GCUGAAUUAACUCACCCAAUGGUCAAGGACGGCUGGUUUGCCGAGAUCUCUGACACCAUGUGGCCAGGCCUGGCCAUGUCCUUGAAGGUGGAGAAGAUCCUUCACGUCGAACAGUCCAAGUACCAGGACGUUCUCGUCUUCAAGUCCACCAACUACGGCAAUGUGCUUGUCUUGGACGGUGCCAUCCAGGCGACCGAGAGAGACGAAUUCUCCUACCAGGAGAUGAUCACCCACUUGGCCAUGAACUCCCACCCAAACCCAAAGAAGGUCUUGGUUAUCGGUGGUGGUGACGGUGGUGUCUUGAGGGAGGUUGUUAAGCACGAUUGUGUGGAGGAAGCUGUCUUGUGUGACAUUGAUGAGGCUGUCAUCCGCGUCUCCAAGCAGUACUUGCCAGACAUGGCCCAGUCUUACUCCCACGAGAAGGUCAAGGUCCACAUCGGUGACGGGUUCCAGUUCUUGGCAGACUACCAGAACACCUUCGAUGUCAUUAUCACCGACUCUUCCGACCCAGAGGGCCCGGCCGAAUCGUUGUUCCAGAAGCCGUACUUUGAGUUGUUGAAGUCUGCCUUGACCGAAAAGGGUGUCAUUACCACCCAAGCCGAGAGUAUCUGGUUGCACUUGAAGAUCAUCCAGGAUUUGAAGAAGGCUUGCCACGAGGUUUUCCCAGUGGUUGAGUACGCCUACACCACCAUCCCAACCUACCCGUCUGGGCAGAUUGGAUUUAUGGUCUGUUCCAAGGACAAGGACGCCAACGUCAAGAAGCCAAUCCAUGUCUGGGACAAUGCCAAGGAAAAGAAGUUGUUGAGGUACUACAACAAGAGAGUCCACGAGGCCGCGUUUGUGUUGCCGACUUGGGCCGACGAAGCUUUGAACUGCUGACCGGAAUCAUUAUAUAUGAACAAUAGGGGGUAGCCUAUUGUUAAUGAUAAUGACUAUGGGCACAAUUUUUUUUAUUCGGUUUCUUAUGUAUGCUUCCAG